AUGAUAGCCUAACCAAACAAUCAAGGUUGGAAAAAAUGGGAAAUAAUACAUCCAUUAAUCAAUUAAUCUCUCUUAGAAUGUAAUUUCGACACCCCUACAGAUAUUCAAGCUUAUGUUUUAAGUUGUUAUAAACAUUAUAACGAUUUUUUAGUUGCAUCAUAGACAGGUUCAGGAAAAACACUAAGUUUUGGUAUACCAAUAAUGAGUGAAAUAUUAUUUGAUAAAGAAGACGAGAAAGACAAAAAGCCUUAAAAUUAUAUAAAAUGUCUUAUAUUGGCUCCUACUAGAGAACUUGUAUUAUAAAUCGAAAACCAUUUAAAUUAAAUAAAUAAGCAUUCGAAAAAUUUGAUUCGAGUCGGAAGUAUUGUUGGAGGUAUUUCUAAGGAAAAAUAAAGGAGAAUCUUAAGCUAUAUUCCUGAUAUUUUAAUUGCUACACCAGGCCGGUUAUGGGAUAUGAUAGAGAAUUAUGAACACGAUUGUUUAAAAAGAUUAAAUUAAAUUAAAUAUUUUGUAAUUGAUGAAGCCGAUAGAAUGGUUGAGCUAGGACAUUUUAAAGAAUUAGAUAAUAUUAUUGAUUAAAUAUAUAGUAGAGGGGAAGUGAGUAAAAAUAAAGAAGAUUUGAAAAAAAUAGAAGAGUUUAUUUAAUAAAAGUAGACGAUUAAAAAUGGAUUAAUUAGUAAAGUUAAUGUAAAAAAAUUCGAGGAUUUGGGAGAAGAUUAAAUUAUUUCUAUUAAAGGAGAUGAUGCUAAAAAAUUACUCUAGAAAUUUACAUAAAAUAACGAAGAUUAAGUUUAAUCGGAAUAAAAUACUUAAGAUUAAGACGAUUAGCAAGAAGAAUCAGCAAAUUAAGAAUUAGAUGAAGAAGAAGUAGAAGAAAAAUUAGAUGAAGAAGAAGAAAAUUUAGAUGAGAAUGAAGAAGAAGAAAAUAUGGUAGAAGGAGAAGAGAAUAUAGAAGAAGAAGAAAAUAUAGAUGAAAAAGAAGAAAAUUUAGGCGAAGGAGAAGAAAAUACAGAUGAAAAAGAAGAAAAUUUAGAUGAAAAAGAAGAAGAAAAUUUAGAUGAAAAAGAAGAAGAAAAUUUAGAUGAAGAAGAAGAGGAAAUAGACACAAAUGAUAUAUUAAGAAAGAAAAUAAGAAACAAAAAGAACUCUAAAAUGAAGGUAUUCUUAGUAAGUGCUACAUUAACUAAAUAAUUUGCCGGCAACAAGCAUAAAAUAAAAGAAAUAUCAAAAAAAGAAAAGAAGAAAUAAAAAAAGAUAAAUAAAAAAAAAACAAGAGAAGAAAAAAAAGAAGAAUACGAAAAUAAAUUAAUCCCUAAAAUGUAAGCAUUAAUGAUUAGAAUUAAAUUUUCCGGAAAACCGAAAAUCGUAGAUUUGACCUCAACAGUUUUAAUACCUAAAAAUCUCAAAGAAUUUAAAACUGUUUGUAUAGAAGAAGAUAAGCCAAUCUAUUUAUACGAUUAUAUCAAAAAAAGAUGUGGUGAAAGUUUUAUUAUAUUCAAUAAUUCGAUUUCUUAUUCGAAAAAAAUUCUACAUUUAUUGACUAUUCUAGGCUUUAAAUGCUUAGGUUUACAUUCAGAAAUGUAACAGAGAUAACGUUUAAAAAAACUUGAUUAAUUUAAAUCUAAAUAAUACUAAAUUCUAGUCUGUACUGAUAUAGCAGCUAGAGGAUUAGAUAUUCCCACCGUUUAAAACGUUAUUAAUUAUUAAAUUCCAUUAGAUAUAGAUACUUUUAUACAUAGAAGUGGAAGAACUGCCAGAAUAGGUAAGGUAGGUACUUGUUAUUCAUUGGUAGGACCUAAAGACGGCUAAAGAUAUUAAAAAUUAAUUACUUAAUUGUAAAAAGACUAAGGGGUUUAGAAUAUAGAAAUGACACAUACUGAAAGGGAAAAAAUAAAAUCAUUAAUUAAUAGUGGACUUGAAUUAGAAAAAAGUCAAUUUGAUUUAAAAAAGAAAUAAAUGGAAAAAGCCUGGUUUAAAAAAAAUGCAAAAAUGGCUGAAAUAGAAGUAGAUAAAGAAGUUGAAGUUGAAUUAAAAUAAAUUGAAAAUGAGAUUUAAUAAAAGAAAAAAAUACAAAUUAAAGACAAUUAAAAUUUUUAAAAAGUAAAAAAAGGUGUUAUUAAUAUAUCUAAUAAAAGAAGAAAUAAUAUAUUUUUAGAUCCUACAGAAAUCUAAAAAUAUGCUUAAUAAAU